GGCUGUUGACGGCACAGAUCCACGCAACAAACGUCUGAGAUAGCCAGGUCAAAGCACGGCUAGCCAUAGUCAAGCAGCAACGGAAUGUCACCAUCGUGUAAGAGAGACGUAGGCGUCAGCAUCCUCACUCCACAAUACAUGGGCUUGCUUCAGAGCCUAUGCACACUCAGCAAGCCGAGCGUUAACGAGGUGACCGCUAUCUUCAAGGAAUUCCGGCGUUCUUUGGACGGCAGAAAGCCCAAGCGUUCUUCCACAUCAUCAUCCUCGUCGUUGUCGCCUUCAUCCUGCGCUUCCAAAAAACGUGGUCGCAGGUCUGCUGCCCGUGGGAGUGGUAAUAGUGACAGUGCCGCAGGCGGUGGCUGUGGUGGCGGUGGCAGCAAUGUCGGCUUCGAGCGUUUUUGCUCGUGGAACCCUGACGAAAAUCGUUGUUGGAUCGUGUCCGACCUGCACCUGUGGAACCGCAUUCUGUCCCGGGACUGCAUCGAACUGCGCGAACACAAGUGGGGCGAGCUGACACUCCAGGGGUACGAGUGGCCUGAGAACAAGCCGGAACUCCGGGACAUGCUUUGCGCCUCGCUGCUCAUCCACCUGCUGCUGCGGCAACACAGGUGUGUGACUUGCGUCUUCUUGGAUAUGUCUAUAAGCACGGUUGAAAGGCACGUCAUGUGGCACGCCCUGAGGACUGGCGCCGUCGGUGUCAAGUGGUUCACCUUCAAACCCUACUUCCUCGAUCUGCUCGGUCUGAUAACGUCGGCUGAGACGUCCAUGUGGUCCGAGGCGGUGGCCUCCAUGACGAAGCUCAACAUACUGAACAUUUCCAGCGUCUACUUCUGUGCUGAAGUUGUCCGCAUGCUCGGCGCCUACGUGGAGCAAGCCACUGCACUCAGUACGCUCAAGUUAGUAGAUAUCAAAGCACCUGACGCAGAGGCUGGCAUGUUCUUGGACUGCCUGUCUCGCAACCGGACUGUGAAGGUCCUGUGUGUGCACCAAUCAUUCCUGAUAGCCCGGCAUGGCCAGGCUCUCGCAGACGUCGUCCGAAAUCACGUGACUCUCGAAAAACUUGAAGUGAUGGGCUCAUUGGCCUACACUCCAUCGGCCCUGCUGGCAGCGGCAGUUGUUAGCCAAAGUUUGACGUCGCUCAUGGUGCAUACAUGUUCGAUUCGCUCCAAGGACAUCAAAGCUAUGGCCUCCGCUUUGACGCUACACCCGCCGUCUCCUGAGUUCAAAGGCGAUAGCUCGACAGCGAUGGCGCCACCUACGCCAACUAGCCGUCUCGAGGAGCUCAUCUUUCUCAACUGCGCACCUUGUGACUCGCAUCUGGAGGAAGCAUACGCGAACCUCAUUGGAGGCAAGUAG